AGCAUACAGUUAGACAAUACAGAAAAGGAAAUAUGGAAAUAAUGGAGGAAAGCCAACAACAAUGUGAGCAAAUAGUACAGCACAGAGAUCAACAACUUCAUCAACAAGAGCAACAAUUCCAUCAGCAAAGGCUAAACACAAGACAACAAUUUAGUGAUGAACUAGAAGACAAUGACUCCCCCAUAGACCAACAGUAUGGACAAUUAGUAGACUUGAAUUUAGGACUACAAACUGUUGUAUCACGGCAUGAAGAAAGGGAAGUUACUCCUGUGCAAGAGACAAGUCAAUACCAACAAGAAUUCGAACGCUGUAAAACAGAAAUUGAAUGGCAGAAGCAAAAAAUUGAAGCAGAGAUUCAGAAUUAUGAAAAAGAAAUAUCUGUCCUAUGUAAGGAAUAUACAAGACUAAAACAACAAGGAGGGGGAGAAAAACCACGUGACUCUAACAGAAUCUGUUUAUUCUGUGUAGAUGAGGACAGAUCAGUUUUGUUUGAACCUUGUCGCCAUGUUUGUUGCUGUGCCAGCUGUGUGUCUAAUUUUAAAAACAAACCCUGUCCAGUCUGUCGAGUUCCAGUUCAGAGCUGGCAGGUCGUUUUCCUCAAUUAAAUAUAGAAAAGAAUAAACUUGUAACCGGCUUGUAAACAAUAAAUAAGAUCACUAUUAUGGAUAUACUACUAAUUUAGCUUAUAACUUUGUAAAAUUAUUCACUUUCCUGUUUUUACUUUACUAGGAUAUGUUAUCAUUUUAUGAAAAAAGAGUUUGUGUGUGCUAAAUUAAACUGAAAAGGAAUUAUGUCAUGUGGUGUCAAUGUUCAAUAUGACAUUUUAUUUAUACUGUGAUCCGGUUGUAAUUGAUGUGAAUAAGUAAUGCUUGUUUAAUG